GAACAAAGUCUGUGUGAGUGAGGCACUUUUACUCAAGGUCGACAGGGAGAAAACUGUAGUGUCAAAUGGCGCGUUUAAUGUCCAUGAUGAUGACGGUGAUGUGUCUAGGAAGCAUCCUGACCACUGUCAUGUGGUACUUGCAAGACGACAGUUUGCUAUUAAACUACAAACCACCUCCGCUAAAGAGAAAGCUGUCGAAAACCUACAAACUUUGCACCGGCUGUCAGCAAAUCUUCGACGAGGUGAUGAAAGAUUAUUCUUAUAAGUGGAGGAAGCAGGAGCAGAAUUAUAUGAAUAUCAAGUCGGAGCUACAAAGCCGGUGUAACGGUUACGAUGGCGCGAUCAUCACCCAGCUCAACACCCCGUUGGGAUCGAAGAUUACGUUUGAGACAUUCAGGAGGGCAAAGGUCGACAGCAAGGGUUUCAUUGUCGGGACCAAACUUUUCAACCAUUUGCCAUCGGAGCACCCCUUCAAAAACAAAAUCUGGGACACGUGCGCUGUUGUUGGAAAUGGAGGAAUCCUGUCUGGCAGCAAAUGUGGACCGAUGAUCGACUCCGCUGACUUCGUGUUUCGGUGCAACCUGCCUCCUCUGGACGACGAAUUCAUGGGGGAUGUGGGUAAAAAGACCAGUCUUGUGACAGCAAACCCAAGCAUCCUCAUGAGAAUGUUUGGUUCCCUGAUGGAGAAUCGUCUCCCGUUCGCUAAGAAGCUACAGGACUAUGGAGACGCCUUGGUUCUGCUACCUGCCUUUUCCUUGUCCAAAAACACCGACAUGUCCAUCAGGGCGCUUUACACACUUGAGGACUUCAAGGUUCCGGCCCGGGUUGUCUUUUUCAAUCCGCAGUAUCUGAUCAAACUGGCAAACUUUUGGGGCUCCAAGGGUAUCAAACCUCUUCGACUUAGCAGCGGUUUAAUGAUAGUUAGCCUCGCCCUGGAAGUCUGUUCUAACGUGAACGUUUACGGAUUCUGGCCGUACGGCAACCACCCUUCAGAACUUUACCCGCUGUCGCAUCACUAUUACGACGACGUGGAGGCGCCGCCUGGACAUCACGCCAUGCCUUCAGAGUUUGCCCAACUGCUGAGUCUCCAUAAUCGGGGCGUGCUGAGGCUUCGACUUGGAAGUUGUGAGAAGUGAGAAGCAGAGGGACUUUUUUUUUUUUUUUGCCUCCAGGGGCAUGUCUAAGUUAUCACCACCCCCUUGUUUCAAAAGACUUAGAAACUGUGAGUGUGCCUUUUUCA